AUGCAAAGGGCCUGGUCCCCCGACGGCCGGGGCAGUGCCAAGCUGCAGGCAGCAGAGUUUCAGAGACGGUCUCCGAGCCCGACGUUGAGCAGUCAUUCAUCAUCAUCAUCAUCAUCGGCUGACGCCGCGGAUGCCUGGGGCGGAAUGCGCAAGGGGCAAACGUCGCUGGCGAAGCGGUUCUGGCUCGCAAACAGACCAGCCUUGCUGGUUGCCCUCGCGCAGCUGUUUGGCGCGCUGAUGAACCUGAGCGCGCGCCUUCUGGGGCUGCAGGGCCCGGGGAUGAGCCCCGUGCAGAUGCUGCUGGUUCGGCAAGGUGCGACUUGUUUGUGCUGCGUCGCGUACAUGUGGUGGAAGGGUAUUCCUCAUUUCCCCUAUGGGCAGAGGGGGAUUAGGGGGCUUCUCGUCGCUCGAGGUUGCGCCGGUUGCUGCGGCAUCCUCGGCCUGUGGUGGUCGAUGAUGUAUCUGCCCCUCGCAGACGCCACCGUCAUUACCUUUUUGGCUCCCGGGGUCGCCGGCUUCCUAUGCUACUUUUUGCUCGACGAGCCCUUCACGCGUCUCGACCAAGCGGCGACGCUCGUGGCCCUGGCGGGCGUGGUCCUCAUUGCGCAACCCGCCGCCCUGUUUACCGGGGCUUCUUCUUCGGCCGAGGGGGGGCACGGCUCGACGGCCGGGGACGCUGGCAGCCCGCAUGGCUCGGUUCCCGGCGCACAUGGUGAUGCGACGCCUCAGGAACGGCUGUUUGCGGUCGGUGUAGCCCUGAUCGGGGUGUUUGGCGCCGCAGGAGCGUUUGCCACCCUCCGGGCCAUCGGGAAGCGUGCCCAUCCGCUCAUCUCGGUCAACGCCUUCGCCGCGAUAGGCACCGUCAUGAGCAUCUCGGCCCUGGCCCUGGGUCCCGUUUUGGACAUUGGGCAACCGUCCCUGCGCUGGAUGCGGCCAGCUUCGCCGAGGCAGUGGCUGCUGCUGCUCUCGCUGGGGGCGGCGGGCUUCGUCAACCAGUAUCUCCUGGCGGCUGGGCUCGCGGCGGACAAGUCCAACCGGGCAAACGCCAUGGUGUACACGCACAUGGUGUUUGCUGCGAGCUUUGAUCGGUGGAUCUUUGGGCACCGGAUGGGCUUGGCGAGCCUGGCCGGGUGCACCUUGAUCUUGGGGAGUGCCCUCGGGGUGGUGCUGAUGAAGAAGAGGCCGCCGCGCACGACCAAGGCUGAGGAUGUGGGAAGGCGCAGUGAUCGGGACGGCGUGGCUGACAGGUCGCCCAUGCUCGUCGUCGGCGAGGCAGGCCACGCCGAUGAUGGGUUAUCAUCGCUCGGCCAGGGCAGAAGAGCAAAUGGUCUCAUCAUGAAGCAAGCAAGCUUGCCCGAGUGUUGA